GGAAGAGGUGAACCAUGAGAAUAAAUGAAUCAACAGCCGUGUCCACGGCGCGUGCGCUGCUUGUCCCCUACGACCGCCACCAUGUCCUGACCUACCACGCAUGGAUGGAAGAUCCGGCCAUCCAAGAAGCCACCGCCUCGGAGCGGCUCACCCUCGACGAGGAGUAUGAGAACCAGGCGUCCUGGCGUGCCUCACAUGACAAGCUCACCUUCAUCAUCUGCCAGCCUCUGGCGGAGGAGGGAGGAGGGGCCGAUGGAGGAAGAAGCAGGAUCAUCCGGGCUGGCGAACCCGAUGCUCCCGAGAGAAUGGUGGGCGACGUGAACCUCUUUCUGUACCCGUACGAGGAGGAUGACGCCGAGGGCGGGGAUGAAGAAAAGCAGACGCCGACAGCAACGCACAUUCAGUCCUGCGUAGGUGAGGUCGACAUCAUGAUCGCCGACCAGCAACACCGCGGUAGGGGGCUCGGACGGUCGGUUGUCCAGGCCUUCCUGCAGUACAUCUCCCGCCACGCGGCCGGCAUCAUGCAGGAAUAUGCCAAGGACAAGGACAUGCCAACGCCGCCGAAACUGAAGCUGCUCAUGGCGAAGAUCAACCAGGGCAACGCGAAGAGCAUCGCGUUGUUCAAGAGCCUCGGCUUCGAGCAGGAGGGGGAGGUCAACUACUUCGGCGAGGUGAAGCUGGUGCUCCGGGACCUGGGCAAGUUCGCAGAGGUGGUCCCAGAGGAAUACGCAGAACUGGUCUAUUCGAGAGAU